AUGUAUGCGCUCCCAUCGAGGGAUAUUGUUGUCACGGGACUCAAGCUCCCUCCUAACAUCCGCAUCCUCAUACUCUUCGGCCUCCCAAUUCAAUCACAAUACGAAUCGAACUUCGAAUCACAAUCAGCUACCGACAUAAACUCGGACGAUAUAUCGCCUGACACUGAUUCUGACUCGGAUGAUUCUGCUUCUGACAAUGAUUCUGACAGCGGCGCACCCCUAUCCAUGCAAAUCAAUGCAGCGAACUCGGGUCCCCAACCCUCUGCCACCGAUUCCAACUCCGACUCCGAUGCCAAUGAUAUUGCCAAUGCCAGUGAUGAUUCUGACUCGGACUCAGCAUCAGAAGACACUCACGCCCCUACCGACGAAAACUCAGAUGCCCUUGCAGUCUCUGACUAUGAACCCACAGCCAUGGUUGCAGGUCUAGAAACUGCAGUAGCGUCGGGAAUACCCUUUGUGGUGGCGAUGGAUGAGGAAGGUCAGGGCCUGGCUGGUCUUGGGGCAGUUGCGAUUUCAACGCUGGUGGUCUCUUCUUCUUCUUUAUCUGGAGGGGUGUUGGGGGCGGGAGUGCAGAGUAGUAUGGCUGCUAUGGAUGUGGAUGUGGAUAGUGGUGCUAAUGGAAAUGCAAAUAAGGAUUUCUCAACUUCAACAGCUGUGCAGUCACAAUCUAUUACUGAGGGGUUUAUUGCUAGUGUGCCGACUGGGGGGAUGAAUGAGAGUUUCACUGGUGGUGCUUUACCGGGUGCGAGGGGAGGGAGAUUGGGUUUGGAGGGAGGGAUGAGUGGCGGUUGGUUGAUUUGGGGAGUGCUUUUUGUGGUUUGGUUUGUAUUGUGA